AUGUCUCUUGCUACGAGGAUCUUGCGUACUGCGCGCCCUACGGCGCGCACACUCGGCACCACACUCGGCAAACGGCAGGCGUCGACGUUCAAUGCAGCUGUCGCGGGGUUGAGCGACGAGCAAGCGGAGUUCAGGAGCGCUGUUCACGACUUUGCAUCCCGCGAGGUCGCACCGCGCGCGGACGAGAUCGACCGCACGAACCAGUCUCCAAUGGAUCUAUGGCCCAAGCUCGGUGACAUGGGCUUGCUCGGUAUAACGGUCCCGGCGGCCUACGGCGGUCUUGCACUCGGCUAUUUCGAACACCUACUCGCAAUGGAAGCCCUGUCCGAAGCUAGCGGCUCCUUGGCACUCUCGUACGGCGCACAUUCAAACUUGUGUGUCAACCAGAUCGCGAGGCACGGCACAGACGCGCAGAAGGAGAAGUACUUGCCAGAGCUUAUCACUGGUGCGAAGGUUGGCGCGCUCGCUAUGAGUGAGCCAGGUGCGGGUAGCGACGUGGUGGGGAUGAAGUUGCGGGCAGAUAAGGUCGAAGGCGGAUGGAAGCUCAAUGGGAAUAAGUUCUGGAUUACCAAUGGGCCUGUCGCAUCGACCUUCGUAGUGUAUGCGAAGACGGCGCCGGAAGCCGGAUCGAAGGGUAUCACCGCGUUCGUCAUUGAGCGUGAUUCGCCUGGCUUCAGUACGGCACAGAAGCUCGACAAGCUUGGUAUGCGAGGUAGCGAUACGUGCGAACUCGUGUUCGAGGACUGUCUGGUUCCGGAUGAAAACGUACUCGGUGCAGUGAAUAAGGGUGCAGCUGUGCUCAUGUCCGGUCUCGAUCUAGAACGACUUGUUCUCAGUGGCGGACCACUUGGUAUCAUGCAGGCCGCGUUUGACUACGCCGUCAACUACGUGCACGAACGCAAGCAGUUCGGCAGAGCAGUCGGUACCUUCCAACUUAUGCAAGGCAAGAUCGCUGACAUGUACACGCGUCUAAACGCGAGUCGCGCAUAUGUUUAUGCCGUCGCGCGAGCCUGCGACCGGGGGCAGAUAUCUCGAAAGGAUUGCGCCGGGGCGAUCCUGUACUCGACAGAGAAAUCCAUCGAGGUCGCGCUGGAAGCCAUGCAGUCUCUCGGCGGUAACGGCUACAUCAACGAUUAUCCUACGGGCCGCUUCCUGCGCGACGCACGCUUAUAUGCUGUUGGCGCAGGCACGCAAGAGAUCCGCAGGAUGCUCAUUGGACGUGAAUUCAACCAGGAGUUCGGGGCGGCGUGA